AUGGACUCACGCGUGUUUGUGUGUGUGGAAUGCAUUACUGUAAUAUGUGCUCUAAGGUGUAUUGAUACAGCACCUAUCCUAUCCUAUUCUAUUCUAUUGUAUCAUUAUUAUUAUUUUUGCAUGUGUGUUUUCUUUCCUUUAUUUAUUUAUAUAUUAUUCAUAUUCAUUUUGCCUCUACUUUCUAUUAAUAUUCACACACAAGGUACCAACAUCACCAAACGUGAAAACUGUCUACACAUCAACCAAAAACAGAUCCCGAAAUACAGGAUUAGAAAGAAAACAAGGGAUCGCAAGGGAGAUCACUGA